AAAAGAUUCUUAGACAAAUGGAAUCAUGUAGUGUGUAACAUUUGAGACUGGCUUUUUCCGCUCAGCAUAGUUCCCUUGAGAGUCAUCCAAAUUGUGUAUAUUAGUAGUUUAUCCCUUUUUAUUGCUGUGUAGUAUUUCACGUUAUGGAGAUACCACAGUUUGUUUAACCAUUCACCCUUUGAAGGGCAUCUGGAUUGUUUCCACUUUGGGGCUAUUACAAGCAAGAAUGCUAUAAGCAUUUAUGUAAAGGUUUUGCCUGGACAUAUAUUUUCAUUUCUCUGGGAUAAGUGCUUAGGAGUGCAAUUGCUGGGUUAUAUAGUUGUUGUAUGCUCAGGAGUUUUAAAAACUGCCAGACUUUUUCAGAGCAGCUAUAUCAUUGUACAUGUACACCAGCCAUGUAAGAAAGUUCUGGUUUCUCUGCAUCCUCACCAGCCUUUGGUCUUACCACUAUUUUCUCAUGUUAGCCAUUUGGAUAGAUGUUUAAUGAUGCCUCGUUGUAGUUUUAUUUUGCAUUUCAAUAAUGACUAACGAUAUUGAACAUCUCCGCAUGUGCUUAUUUGCCAUCUGUAUGACUUUUUUUCAGUGAAAUGUCUCUUCAUGUCUUUUGUUCAUGUUCUAAUUGGAUUGUGUGCUUUUUACUGUUGAGAUAUGGAAGUUCUUUAUAUUCUAGAUAUUAGUCCUUCUUCAGAUAUGUAGUUUGCAAACAUUUUCUCACACUCUGUAGAUUGUCUUUUCAUCCUCUUAACAGGGCCUUUGAUGAGUGAAAGUUUUUAAAUUUGAUGACAUCCAACUUAUCAAUUUCUACUUUAUAAGUAAUACUUUUGUGGUCAAGUCUAAGAAAUCUUAGCCCAAGAUCUUUAAGAUUUUCUCCUAUUUUUUUUCUUAAACUUUUAUAGUUAGAUUUUGAUUGGAAUUGUGUUAAACCUGUGUAUCAAUUUGUGGAGAAUUGACAUCUUUACUGUGUUACAUCUUUCGAUACAUGAACAUACCAUGUCUCUCCAUUUAUCUAAAUCUUCUUUUGUCUCUUUCAUCAGCAUUCUUGUAAUUUUCGGCAUAUAAAUUUGGUACAUGUUUUGUUAGAUUUACACCUAAAUAUUCAUUUUUGGGGGCAAUUGUAAAUGCUAUUAUAUUUUAAAUUUCAGUGUCCAUAUGUUUAUUGCUAGUGUAAUUGAUUUCUUAGUAGUACAAUUGAAUGUUUAGCUAGUAUCCUGUGACCUUGCUGAACUCACUGAUUAAUUCUAGGAGCUUUUGUAGGUUUCUUGGGAUUUUCUACAUAGACAAUCAUGUCUUCCAAAAAUAGAAUGAUUUUCUUGCUUUACAAUUUUUGUGUGUUUAAUUUCCUUUUCUUAACUUAUCAUACUGGCUAUACUAUACCGUACUGUACUUGAGGAAGUUGCCUUCCACUCCUAUUCCUUUGAGAUUUUUUUUUAGCAUGGGUGGUGUUGAAACUGUAGUAUGCUUUUUCUGAAUCAAUUGAUAUGAUUAUGUGAUUCUUUCUCUUUAGUCUGUGAAUAUGGUGGAUUACUUUGGUUGAGUUUUCAAUAUUGAGCCAGCCUUACAUCCUUAGACUGAACCUCACUUGGCUGUGGAACAUAAUUCUUUUUAUAUAUAGCUGAAUUUUCUUUAAUAAUGUUUUCUUAAGGAUUUUUGAGUCUAUAUUAAUAAGAGAUAUUUGUCUGCGGUUUGUUUAUUGGGUUUUUUGGUAUUGUCUUUAUCAGUGUAAUACUAGAAUCAUUAAAUGAGUUAGGAAAUACUACCUCCUUUUUUUCUUGAAGAGAUUGUGAAAAAUUGGUGUUAAUUCAUCUUUACACACUUGGUAGAAUUCCCCAAUGAAACCAUGUGGCCUGAAGAUUUAUUUUUGGGGGAGUCUUUAAAUUGUAAAUUUAGUUCACUUAACAAUUAUAGGGCUGUUAAAAUCACUUAUUUCAUGUUUAGUAGAUUAUUUUAGUUUUCGUUUUUCUUUUCUUUUUCAGAAUUGGUCCGUUUCUUCUAAGUUGUCAAAUUUAUAAACUCUAUAGAUAUUAUAGAGUUGUAUGUAGAGUUGUAUGUAGUAUUCUCCUAUUAUCCUUUGAUAUCUUCAGAUUCUAUAGUGAUGUCCUCCUUUUAAAAAGAUAUUUUUAAAUGACUAGAUUGAUUUAAAAAUACGUUUUAAAUUCUGAGUACAUUAAAGAUAUCUCAAUUCUAAUGUGUCCAAAGUAGAACUUUUGAUUUUUUUAACUCUUGUAACCUACCCAUAGUGUUUCUAUUUCAUCAGCUCAUUAAAUUAAUCCAUUUAAUUUUUCAAGCUGCAAACAAAAUCAUCCUUAAUUCUUCCCUUCUCUGCAUUCCCAACCCUAAUAAUUCCAUUUCAAAAUAUAUCCAGAAACCAGCUAGCUCUUGUUUCCAUUCCAGGGCAUGCCACCAGCAUUUUUUAUCUAGACUACUGUGUUGCCCCUCAUAGGUGUUCCUUCUUCCACUUUUGCUCUCCUACAUUUUAUCCUGUACGUAGUAGACAGGUCAUAUAAUUUUCCUGUUCCCUAGAGUGACUUUCCAGCACACGUAGACUAAAUCCAAAUUCCAUACCCUGGCUAUAAGGCUCUGCAUACUAGAAGGCCCUGGCUGGGAGCCUCCAUCUUCCUCCAUGGAAUCAUCUGUAAGUCUCUCCUGGCUGCGUAUGCUUCAGCAGCCACACCCUUCUUUCCGUUCCUUGAGGAUGCCACGCUCAUUCCCAGCUGGGAUCUUUGCAUGAGCUUUUCAAUCAAUUUGACAUGCACUUUCCCCUAAAUAUCUCAUGGUUGAUGGUUGUCUCCUUCCUGUAAUUUACAUCCCAGCUUAACUGUCUUUUCAAAGAGAUGUCUUCCCUGACCACUCAGCCUACUCACUUUCUAUUCUAUCAACCUGGUUUUAAUAGUCUCCAUAGCACUUACUCGUAUGUGAUAUUUCCUAAUUUUUCUUUGUUAAUUUGUUGUUUUCUACACCGAAGUGUAAGCUCCUUGAACACAGAGGCUUUGCAUUUCUUCAUUACUGCUGUCUCACCAGCACCUAGAACCAUGAAUGGAACGUUACAACGGCUGGACACAUAAUUUACAUGAAUGAAUGAAAGUGCUGUGCUUAACGUCAUCCAUACUGUAGCUUAUUUCUUUCUCGAAAGAGUGAACAGAAUAUUCUCAUCCCCAUUUUGUAGGUGAGAAAGGCAUUAAAAUGAUUGAUCCAACUAUAGAUCUACAAUAGUGUAUUUCUUUUGCCUAUUUCAAACUUAGGACGCCAUCACUCAUGGCAAAUGUGUGGGAGCAAGAACUUCAAAAAGUGUGUUGCUAACCUUUGUGUGUGAAUCUGUUUUUAUCUCAGACACUUUAACCUAAAGUUCUGAAAAUUCUUGGAAAGCAUACUUCAUUAUCCCAGUCAAAUGAUUAUACCACUGAGUCUGGUGGGAAUGUGGGAGAGUUAUAGACGAGACUGAGUUACCGCUCAAUCUGUGUAAGUCUGAUUCCAGGGGUGCUUCUUUCUUUACUGUAAAAGAACAUCACUUCAUUUGUAGUAUUGUUAGGAAAUAUUAGUUUCAACUAGAAUUAUUACAACUGUCAGGAAAAAAAAAAAAAGACCUGUCUAGGUAUUUAAAAUAUGGAGGAUACACAUCCAAUAUAUACUAAAUAUUGUGGAAAUAAUAUUUGUAUUUAUACAAAACGAGCGAAAACAAAUUAACACCCUGGGAGUAUAAAUUAGAGUGUGGACAAACCCUAGAAACUGCCCAAGGCACUCAAGAAUGAAAAAAAACAAAAAAUAUACAGCUUCAGAAAAGGCAAGCCUAUAGUUUUCUGGCUUUCAUAGCAACUGCCUACCUCUAUAACACUGUCUUUCACAGCAGAGUCCUUUGUGAAAAUUGCAAACUCUCUCAAUUGUUCUCACUGUUAACUUAAAAUAAGUCAAUUGUAGGGAGCUAGCAAGUUGCGUUUUGCCUUUUAGAAAUGUGAAGAAACUGAGGCAGUUAUUUCUCUUAGGAUAAUGCAGUGAAUUAGUUUUGUACCUUGGUUGCCUGGAGGCAAAUUAUAGGGGCUUAAGAGCUGUGGUUUCCAGGCUACUGUAUUUUAAAAGAGACAAUGAUUUUUUCCUAAUUUCCAUAUGCCUGAGCCUAAACAGUAGAAAGCACAGCCAAAUGUAGGGAACAGCUUAUUUUCCACCUCUGUGCCCAUGAAGUGGAAUAUAUUUAUCUGUGACAAAACAGCAUUGCCUCCAUUUGGUGGUAAAUAUUCAACUCUGUUUGUUUAGAAUCAGGGUCAAUUUUCCCCAUUUAGGCGUUCUGAAUCUGAUUAACACUGUAUCAGGGAAUUGUCUGGUGUCUGACCUUGAGCAGCAUGCUUUCCUCCUUCCCAUAUUUUGGAGAAUCGUUUUGUACAGCCUUGGACCCUGAGAUGCCUCUUCAGCAGGCUUGAUUGCAUUAGCAGUCUCCAAAUUAUUGGUAUCCAAAGGGUUUCAGCCCCAGUGACCUGUCAUCUGUCCCCUCACCUGCUUACAUGCUGAUUCAUUGAUGAGCUGGCAUCGCAGGCCCCGCCUCCGUCUGAAUGGUCUGUGAGGUUGCGAUUGCUCCUGGAGAGGGAUGCUGAGCUGAACCACAGUGGGUUACUACAAGUGUGAACCGGCAGCCUAUCUGUUGCCACAGAAGAACUUGGUGACCAUACUGAGAAGCAACCCUUUCUCACCGCCCAGUUACUGUUCUGUCUGUAUCCGGCUUCUCUAGCUUUUUAGGGGAAUUUCUGAUUCAGGCACUAACAGCUAAUUCCACAGGAGUUGUAAGGCAGCCUGUGACAUAAACUGAGACAGAAGUUUCCCCUCAGAGACUGUCUUUUUUUUUUUUAUUGGCAAAGACUUCUGGCUCUCCUCAGAGGAAUACCUUGUUGCUUAAGAUGAGUGGCUGUAGAAAACGGUGUAAACGUGAAAUAUUGAAAUUUGCCCAGUAUCUUCUCAGACUAUUAACAGGUUCUCUUCAUACAGACAGCGUGGAAGAUGAACUGGAGAUGGCCACCGUCAGGCAUCGGCCUGAGGCACUUGAGCUUCUGGAAGCUCAGAGCAAAUUUACCAAGAAGGAGCUCCAGAUUCUUUACAGAGGAUUUAAGAAUGAAUGCCCCAGUGGUGUUGUUAAUGAAGAAACCUUCAAAGAGAUUUACUCGCAGUUCUUUCCACAGGGAGACUCUACAACAUACGCACAUUUUCUGUUCAACGCGUUUGAUACAGACCACAAUGGAGCUGUGAGCUUUGAGGAUUUCAUCAAAGGUCUUUCCAUUUUGCUUCGGGGGACAGUACAAGAAAAACUCAACUGGGCAUUUAAUUUGUAUGACAUAAAUAAAGAUGGCUACAUCACUAAAGAAGAAAUGCUUGAUAUAAUGAAAGCAAUAUACGAUAUGAUGGGUAAAUGCACAUAUCCUGUUCUCAAGGAAGAUGCUCCCAGGCAACAUGUCGAAACAUUUUUCCAGAAAAUGGACAAAAAUAAAGAUGGAGUCGUUACCAUAGAUGAAUUCAUCGAAAGUUGCCAAAAAGACGAAAACAUAAUGCGCUCCAUGCAGCUCUUUGAAAAUGUGAUUUAACUUGUGGAAUACGUCCUCAAUCAAACACAUGUGAACUAUUCUACCACACUUAAAGUUGGAGCUACCACUUUUAGCAUAGAUUGCUCAGCUUUACACUGAGGCAUAUUAUGCAAACGAGCUUUGUUUUAAUAUAAAGCAAUCCCCAAAAGAUUUGAGUUUUCCAGUUAUAAAUUUGCAUCCUUUUCAUAAUGCCACUGAGUUCAUGGGAUGUUCUAAAUCAUUUCAUACCCUGUGAAUAUUCAAAAGUAAUAGAAUCUGGCAUAUAGUUCUAUUAAUUCUUUAGCCAUGGAAUUAUUGAGGCUUUCACAUUAUCAGUGAUUUUAAAAUGCCAGUGUUUUUUUGCUACUCAUUUGUAUGUAUUCAGCCCCAGGAUUUUAAAUGGUUUUCUAAAAUACUGGCAUCUGCAUUUAAUUUCCAGAAAUUAAUUUUCAUGUUUGUAUGCUGUAAUUCUAUUUGCAUACUUUAAGUAAACAAAACAAGAUUACUACAAUUAAAAAAAAAACGCAUAGCCCCAGUUUCUAUGGAUUUGCUGCCUUCUGUUAAAGACAUUCAUUUAUCAGGCAUUUUUUAUAACAUGAAACAAAUUAAUUUAUCACCAGAUAUAAGCAUAUGCCUAAUAAAGCUUAUUUAAUAAGCAUUUCUUAAUUUUUCAUAAUACAUAUCACAGUCAAGGCCUCCAUGAUGUAUAUAAUUUGGGAUUUGUUCAAUCCUACAGGUUGACUGUUUUCUAUUGUGUCGUUAAGUGGAAGCCCAAGACAGUGGGAAACAAAGUGAGGCUGCUUAUAGGCAUAUGCAAAGGGUCAGGCUAUCUGCCCUCCAGUACAUGGUAAUGCUUUAUAACAAGUAAUUCUUAACAGCAUUAAAGGCCAAUUCCAUCCCCUUUCCUCUGACCCCCUCAAGGCACCUUUGUAUUACACAACAUUCAGGGACAAAGAAACCUUGACUACCCCAAUGCCUACUGGGGACGAAGAGUAAGCAGAAUUCACUUUGAAAGCAACAGUGAUUCCAUUAUAUCAAGAACUACAAUACUAAAAUUCAGUAGAAAAUGAAUAUAAGUGCUAAGCAACUUAUCUAGAUUGCAUUAUGACUUAGCUCAUCAUAAAACUCCAAUAAUUCAGAUUCUUUUUAAUGAUCUUAAGCCAAAAUUCUAAAGUUGUUACAAUAUUACUAAAGAUACACACACCUUCCCUGUGCUGCAGAAAUAUCACAAAGACCAAGAGGCUACAGUAGGAGGAAAUCUGUAACUGUCUUUGCAACAAUAAAUCAGGUAUCUAUUCUGGUGUAGAGAUAGGAUGUUGAAAGCUGCCCUGCUAUCACCAGUGUAGAAAUUAAGAGUAGUACAAUACAUGUACACUGAAAUAUGCCAUCGCGUGUUUGUGUAAACUCAAUGUGCACAUUUUGUAUUUCAAAAAAAAAAUAAAAGCAAAUAAAAUGUUUAUAACUCUA